AUGGCCCACUCGAACGCCGUCGUGCUCGACAGCCUGGCCAUGAAGGCCCUGCUCACGACGAUCCGGCGCAAGUCGACGCCGCAGCGCACCUACGUCGAGCACUGCGACCGGCUCUGCGCCAUGCUCGCCGAGGAGGCGCUGGCGCGCCUGCCCGGCACGGCCUACGACGUGCCCGUCGAGACGCCCUGCGGCACGCUGACGACCGGCAGCGCCGUCGUCGUGCCCGAGCGCGACAUCUGCCUCGUCGACAUCAUGCGCUCCGGCGCCAUCCUCCAGGAGGCCGUGCGCCGCGUCGUGCCGGGGGCGAAGACGGCGAAGAUCCUCAUCCAGCGCGACGAGGAGACCGCGCAGCCCGUGCUCAUGUACUCGAAGCUCCCGCCGAAGAUCGAGGCCAUGAACGUGCUCCUGUGCGACCCCAUGCUCGCGACGGGCGGCUCCGCGCUCACGGCCAUCAAGGUGCUCAAGGACGCGGGCGUGCCCGAGGAGCGGAUCACGUUCGCGAACGUCGUCUCCUGCCCCGAGGGCCUCGCGAACCUGAAGAAGCACGCGCCGAAGGUCGUCGUCGUCACGAGCGCCGUGGACGAGGGCCUCGACGCGCGGAGGUACAUCGUCCCGGGCCUCGGCGACUUCGGCGACCGCUACUACGGCACCGCGGGCUACGACGAGGGGUUCUGGGGCUAA